AUGUCAGAUAUGUCAGAUUCCGAAUAUUCUGAAUAUGUUCCAGACGAAGAGGAAUAUAUCCCAAAACCUACAAAAACGCGUAAACCAACUGUAAAAGCUUCCACAAAUAAAGCUUCUUCCAGUAAAGUCACUUCUAGUAAAGCUUCUUCUAGUAAAUCUCUUUCUAGUAAAGCCUCAGCUGGUAAAACCAUUUCUAAUAAAGCUACCACUAGUAAAGUCACCUCUAGCAAAGCAACUUCUAGUAAAGCCGCUUCUAGUAAAUUCACUUCUAUCCGCGGUAAAAUCGAGCCAAUAGAAAAUAAAUCAGAAGUUAGAAUUACUGAAUUGCCGAUUCGUGUUUGGACACAAAGCUAUAAAGAACAGCUUGAACAGUGGAUUGCCGGAACAGAUAAAGUACCCGCUUGGAUAAUUGAGUACAAUGAAAAUCAUACGAUAACUAACGUUGAUUUUACCGUUAAAUUGACUGAAAAUAAUUUUAAUGAUGCUUUAGAAGAAGGACUUGAAAAGAAAUUCAAAUUGACUUCUAUCAUUAACACAUCAAAUAUGGUAUGUUUUGAUGGGAAAGGAAGAAUCAAAAAAUAUACUUCAGCUGAAGAGAUUCUUAGGGAAUUUUAUGAUUAUAGGCUAGAAUAUUACUAUAAAAGAAAGGAAUAUAUGUUGAAGGUAUUGGAAGUCGAAGUUAACAAACUCAGAAAUAAAGUUCGGUUUAUUCAAAUGAAGAUAAAUCAUGAUCUCAAAUACGAAGGACUUCGUAAAGCUGAUAUCAUUAAAUUACUUGAGUCCAAAGGUUUUGAAAGAUUCAAAAAUUCCAAAGAAGAGAAUAAUGAUGAUGAUGAAUCUGGUGAUGGCGAUGGAUAUAAUUAUUUAAUGAAUACUAAAUCUUGGAGUUUUUGUAAGGAAGAUGCACAAAAACUCGUGAAUAAAAGAGUCGAGAAAGAAUUGGAACUUGCCGAACUUCAAAAUAAGACUCCGCAAAUGAUUUGGAAAGAAGAUCUAAAUAAUUUCUUAGAAGAGUGGAAC